ACCUGUAACGCGAUUCAAAUCACUCCAAAAGUAAACAUUUCUUACCAUUACACGGCUGUGACAAUUAUUGAUCAGCGAAAAGGUCCUAACAUGCUGUUGCUCCUGUCAUCGACCAGGAUGUUAUUUUGCUCAUUCUUCUUAGCACGGAUAUUAAUAUAUUCCUACCAGUUGUCAUGCACGGUAAAUUCUCUUAAGACUAGGAUUCCAUCAGCGAAGUCUAGUCUAAUACAUGCCGGCAGUAAUCCUAUUACGUCCAAACCAUCUACAGCAUUUGGCAUAAAAAAGAAAAAUAUAGCCAAACAAAGCCUAACAAAACAAGCAAGCAAAAAGGAGAAAAAGUUUACGAGAAACGAGAAAACGCUAUUGAAACUUUACCUGCGUGAUUUCAAGACUGGUUGGUAUCGGGUUCAUCGAGCUAAGUUUGACUGGAAAGGGUAUUUAGCACCUUGUGCCAAGCAUACAAAAUGGGGAAUCAAUUCUGCCGGCUGGAAGAACAGAAAAUUAAAAACUUGCGCUGCUAAUAGUUUUAUAUCGAAAUGGGACAUUCGUCCUGCUGGAGAAUUCAGCAGGUUUUUCAUUCAAUCUAAAACAUCAAAUAAUCAUACUAAGAAUAUCGGCGGGGAUUCCUGGCGUGUUCAUAUUAAAGGAAGAUCUUCAGUUAGUGCUACAGUAUUUGAUCACAACAACGGUGUUUAUGAAGUGUUAUUUCUCUUGAUGGAAGCAGGAUUUUAUCAAAUAGAAAUCACUUUGGAUUAUACUUUAUGCGAUGGCUUCAAAGAUCCACCUGCAUAUUGGUAUAAAAAAGGUUGUACUCAAGGAAAGCGGCAACCUAAGGGCAUUCUUAAAGGAGAUUAUCCUUUUCUAGCCGAAAUAUUUGGUCAUGGCAAGUCUAUUUCCAUGGUGGUCCCUGAAUCGAAACACUCAAAAAAACUACUGGUCGCAAUGGCCAAGAUUAGAAGAAAUAUCUUUAGGAGUAAUGCGUCGACAAGAAAUGCCAAGAAAGGUGGUAAGAAAAAGCGUUGCUGUAGUGUUAAUUGCCCCAGUUUAAUAUUUGAUGGCCUUGGAAGAUGGAUACAUGACAAAUGGAAGCCGUAUAUUGAAGAGAACGACUUGAAGCGUGAACCUCAUAACCACGAAGGAAUAUUGUGGGUAUACGGGGAUUCUGUGUCAAGACGAUUUGCAGAAUCACUCAUGGUGAAUGGUUCCCGAUCUGUCAUAUGCAGGAAGAUAUUCAAACGCUGCAAACUUACAUACACUUGGGUUUAUAAUGUCCAAAAUGAAUUACGAGUAACAAAGAAUGGAAAAGAUUAUAAUCACAAGAAAGUCAUGAGAGAAAUCAACAAAGUGUUAGAUGACAAAGAAUUAGAUGAACACAGUGUGAUUUUAUUAAACUGGGGAAUCCAUUUUGUUCACGCUGUAAACUUCGCAAAUUUUCAAAAACUUAUUGACGACUUUAUCACGACAGUUGAACACAAACGAAGAAAAGGCCAGUUCAAAAGUAAAAUCAUUUGGAGAACAACCACGGCAAUUUUUAGAGAGCGGCUUGGUUUCCCUCACAGAGAUUCUUAUCGGUUUCUAACAUUCUCUAGAAUUAUUUUAUUUAAUGCGUACGCAACGUCAGCCAUGUGUAAAGCUGGUAUUGAUGUGAUUGAUGUGUAUCCAAUGACUGAUUCGUUCCCACCUGGAACGGUAUCCAAGCGCGAUCCAUUUCAUUAUAGGAGACAUCCAUUACGAAGUGUUGAGAAACUGCUGUAUCACAAAUUUAAGCCUUGAACCCCUUAAAAUGAGGAAUAUGAUGUAUGUAUAAAUACACCCGGGCUUAGCGUGGUUUCUCCUAUUCUUCAAUACCACUCUAGUCAAAUUUAUUUUUCGGUAGUUUAGGUAUUUUUUUUCAGCAGCAAU